AUGAAUGACUUCUUCAAUUGGUCUGAUGGGAACCAUUUUAUCCAUCUUCCUACCGUGUGCAACUUCUUUACUUGGUAUAAUGGUAGGAAAGGUAAUCAACUAAUUGAAAAAAGGCGUGAUAGGGUUCUUUGUAAUGUAGACUUGUUUGAUGCAUGUAAUAUUGCGGUUUGCAACACUCUUACUAAAUACAAAUCUGAUCAUUAUCCUCUGAUGCUAACCUGUAAUUUUGAGAAAGUGCAUUUCAGGUCUCGAUUUAAAUUUCUUAAAAUGUGGUCUUUAAAUGAUGAUUGUAGCAGAGUUAUCAAAAGCUCUUGGGACACUAUGGUAACAAGCUGCCUAUGUACAUCCUGGACAGAAAACUUAGAAUUUUGA